AUGCUACAAUCUUCGGUUCAAGCCGCCGCUUCUGCGGGAGUCGAACCACCGUGGAAAAAGUGGAAACCGAAUCCAUCUCCACCGUCAUUUUUGUCGCUUCCAGAUGUCAUAAUUCUACACUGCUUAGCUCGCAUAUCGAAGUCGUACUACCCUAAACUCUCCCUAGUCUCCAAGACCUUCCGCUCUCUCAUCUUAUCCACCGAGCUCGUCCACGCACGGUUUCACCACAAAACACAAGAACCGUUCUUUUCCAUAUGUUUACAGCUUCCCGACCGUCCUCGUCCCUCGUGGUUCACCCUCUGGGUGCAACCUGAUCAAGUCGAGAAGAAGAAAGCUACAUUUGUGCAAGUGCCGUCUUCUUCCUAUGCUCCUCGAGUACCACUGCUAAUUCGCGCGGUUGGUUCAGAUGUCUACGCAUUCAGACAAGGUUACCCUCCGUCCCAAGUCAUGUUAGUCCGCAACAGAGAGAACUUUUUAUGGAGUAAAGCACCUAACAUGACUGUAGCUAGAGUGAAUCCAGCUGCAUGCGUACUCGACGGGAAGAUAUACGUGUUGGGAGGUUGCUGCGAGGCCGCCGCGAAAAGCUGCUGGGGUGAGGUUUUCGAUACAAAGACUCGAACCUGGGAGACUUUACCUGACCCUGGAGGCGAGCUUCGGUUCUCUUCAGUGAUUAAAAAACUAGAGAUUAUCGGAGGGAAGGUUUACGUUACGAGUAACGAGGGGGAGGAAGACUCUGUCUACGAUCCGAAAACGCGUAAGUGGGAGGCUAUAGAUUGGCAGCUAUGAGCAAGGCUAAGGUUAUGAGAGAGUUUCAAAAGCAGUCUGCGCAAAUGGACAUGACUGUCAAUCGGUUGGCGGGGCUUAGAUAGAAAGAAAGA